AGUACCACCCAAGAAACCCAUCAUUACAGAUCACAGUGGAGAGAUCUUACAAAGUUUGAUAGGACCUUACAACGAGGGAGAUCGACUUGUUCUCAUUUGUGAAGCGGAAGGUGGUAAACCGUUGCCAAUGGUAACUUGGUGGAGGGAAUCAGUCUUAUUAGAUGACACUUUUGACGUCAGUCCAUUAGGAAUUGUUCGCAAUGAAUUGGAAUUAGCGUCGCUUCAACGUCACGACCUUAUGGCGGUAUACACGUGUCAAGCUUCAAAUAAUAAUUUUUCGGAUCCGAUUUCAACAUCCGUUACCGUCGAUAUGAACUACCGACCUAUGAAAGCGGAGAUAGAAGGGGAGAAACGUCCACUGUCUGCUGGAAGAUCAGUUGAAUUAGUUUGCAGGGUGACAGGUUCUCGACCACCUGCUGCAGUAUCGUGGUGGUUGGAGAAACGACAACUAAAGCAAAGCACUGAGAGUGUUUCUAUUGACGGAUACGUCACCACAAGUACUCUAAGGUUUACACCGACAAGAGAAGACCACGGAACUAAUGUGGUGUGCAGAGCACACAACACCUACAUUCCAGCCAGUUCAAUACAAGACAGUUGGCUGUUAGAAGUGUAUUAUCAGCCAUACGUUAAUCUUCGCUUAGGUAAUAAAAUUCAUCAUUCACAAAUCUAUGAAGGAAGCGACGUUUUCUUUGAAUGUAAUGUUGUAUCCAAUCCUCCAGCUAAAGAAAUUCAAUGGAAAUUUAAUGAUAAAGAACUUAAAGCAAAUUCUACGAGAGGAAUUAUAAUAGCAAAUAAUUCUUUAGUCCUUAAAAAAAUAAGAAGAAAGAAUAAAGGAAGUUAUAAAUGUUUAGCUAUCAACAGUGAAGGGCAAGGAGAAAGUAAUGCUAUUUACUUGAGAAUACAAUAUGCACCUUUCUGCAAACCAAGUCAGAAAAUCAUUUAUGGAGCAGCCAGACACGAAGCAAUUAAAGUUAUAUGUGAAGUCGAAGCCGAUCCAUCUGAAGUGACAUUUCGUUGGGAGUUCAACAACACCGUCGAGAACUUGGAAGUAGUAAACUUCAGGACUGAAGGGACAAUCAGUAUUGCUACUUAUAUCUUGCGAACUCAAUAUGACUACGGUACUUUACUUUGCUGGGGUACAAACGAAGUUGGAAAACAAAGAGAACCUUGUGUGUAUACUGUUGUACCUGCAGGUCCUCCUGAUCCUGUUGAGAAUUGUUCGGUUACAAAUCAAACAGAUAAUACUGUUGCUAUUCAGUGCAAUGCAGGUUAUAACGGUGGGCUCCAGCAGCAUUUUGUAUUGGAAAUUCAUGACACUAUCAUCCAUCGAUUACUUGUUAAUAUAACAGCUGAUGUACCAUGGUUCUACGUAAGAGAUUUACCGUCCGAUACUCCUUUAAUUCUGGUUAUAUAUGCCGUGAAUAACAAAGGAAAGAGCAAAUCUUUAGUAAUCAAAACCUAUACUUUAGCAAGUCAACGAAGAGAUGAUGAUACUGAUAGUUGGAGAUUAGGAUUUAGUCCUGUCAUGAUUAUUCUUUGCUCAGUUGUAACAAGUUUGGCUCUAGUUGCAUUUCUAAUCAUCAUUAUAGUCAAAUGCAAGACUGAUUAUUAUCUGAAAGUUAACACAGUUAAAAGAAGGCACAGUGAAAAAGAGCCUCAGGAAGAUCACCAGUUGCGUUUACGUCCAUCUCUAGCUGAUGAAAAGUGUCCUGAUGUUAUACCGGAUUACAAAAUACAGAAUAGCGAAGAAAAACUUCUAGAAAAUAAUUUAUUACAGACAGAAUUUACGAGUAAUCAAAUGCCCGAAAUUAAAAUAGAAGAUGAAGAUAAAGAUACUUACCAUUUCGUUCAUUCACCAACGAACAGUAUUGAAUAUCCCCAAGGUACUAAACAAAUGAAAGUACCUAUCAGCAGAAUACGACAAUGCAUAGAGAAAUUGCAGACUGAAGUUUAGAAGAAGCAGCAAUGUAGUGAUUUAUCGACACAUUUCAUUGAAGAUUUGUUCAAUAAGUACAGUGCUGUGCAGAACAGUGUAUGGUGCUAAACGUUUAGGUUUUCGAACGCGAUUCAAGCUACGAUAUGGGCCUUCAACAAUAAUCUGCACAUUAAUCAAAUUGAAGAGAUUUCUCAGAAGAAUCUAAACAUUUUGCUGAAUAUUUUUGUUUAGGAUCCAAAAAAAAUAAAAUAAAAAAUAAAUAACUUUACAAAUUUUCGUAUAUAUCUUUGGCAUUAUAAAGAUAUUUUAGUUUGAAUUUUUUGCUUA